AUGCGCUCCAACAUCACCACCAUCAUGGCCCUUCUGGCCCUCGGUGCCAUCUCUUACGGUGCUCCGGUCGCCCCUGCCAACGGUGUUGCUCCCGCCGGCGCCAACCCGCCGCCGCCUCCUCCGCACGCCGUCCGUGCUGCCGUCCCUGACGACAUCCGCCCAUCCGACUUCCCGGAGCAGCAGCCCAAGGACCCCAAGGCACCGAGGUCCGCCCCGGUGUCCAAGGUCCCCACCAAGGAGGCGCCCAAGAACGGCCCCGACGGCAAGCCUCUUCCUCCCCCGCAGGCCCGCGACGCUCCCGCUCCUCCCCCGAAGGGCGGCAAGCCCCAGCCUCCUCAGGCCCGCGACGCUCCGCCGCCGCCUCCGCCCAACGGCGGCAAGCCCCAGCCUCCCCCUCAGGCUCGCGGCGCCCCCGCCGUCGGUCCCGACGGCAAGCCUCUUCCCCCGCCUGCCAAGGACGCUCGCGUUGCCCGCGACGCUCCUGCUGUCGGCCCUGAUGGAAAGCCUCUUCCCCCUCCUGAGAACCAGCCUCGCGACGCCCCGAAGGUAGGCCCUGACGGCAAGCCUCUUCCUCCUCCUCAGGCCCGCGACGCCCCUCCUCCGCCCCCCAACGGCGGCAAGCCUCAGCCUCCUCCUCAGGCCCGCGACGCUCCUCCCCCGCCCCCCAACGGCGGCAAGCCUCAGCCUCCGCCCCAGGCUCGCGACGCUCCUCCCCCGCCCCCCAACGGCGGCAAGCCUCAGCCUCCGCCCCAGGCCCGCGAUGCUCCUCCCCCGCCUCCCCCGGGUGGCAAGCCUCAGCCUCCUCCUCAGGCUCGCGAUGCUCCUCCCCCGCCUCCCCCGGGUGGCAAGCCUCAGCCGCCUCCUCAAGCCCGUGACGCCCCGGCUCCCCCGCCGCCUCACGGUCUCGUCGACGCCCACGCCCACGUCGGCCGUGAUGCUCCCGCCCCGGCCCCGGCCCCGGCUCCCGGCCCCGAUGGCAAGCCCCAGCCGCCUCCCCAGGCUCGCGACGCUCCCGCUCCUCCUCCCCCGGGUGGCAAGCCCCAGCCUCCUCCUCAGGCUCGUGAUGCUCCUCCCCCGCCUCCCAACGGCGGCAAGCCUCAGCCUCCUCCUCAGGCUCGCGACGCUCCUCCCCCGCCCCCCAACGGCGGCAAGCCCCAGCCUCCGCCCCAGGCCCGCGACGCUCCUGCUCCCCCGCCGCCUCACGGUCUGGUUGACGUGAACGCUCACGUCGGCCGUGAUGCUCCCGCUCCUCCUCCCCCGGGCGGCAAGCCCCAGCCCCCGCCCCAGGCUCGUGACGCCCCGGCUCCCCCGCCGCCCCACGGCCUCGUCGACGUGAACGCUCACGUCGGCCGCGACGCUCCCGCUCCUCCUCCCCCGGGCGGCAAGCCCCAGCCUCCUCCCCAGGCUCGCGAUGCUCCUGCCCCCCCGCCGCCCCACGGUCUCGUCGAUGCCCACGCUCACAUCGGCCGUGAUGCUCCCGCCCCGGCCCCGGCCCCGGCUCCUGGCCCCGACGGCAAGCCCCAGCCUCCUCCUCAGGCUCGCGACGCGCCCGCUCCCCCGCCGCCCCACGGCCUCGUCGACGUGAACGCCCACGUCGGCCGUGACGCUCCGGCUCCGGCUCCCGCCCCGGGCCCCGACGGCAAGCCGCUCCCUCCUCCCCAGGCUCGCGACGCGCCCGCUCCUCCCCCCAAGGACGGCAAGCCCCAGCCCCCGCCCCAGGCCCGCGACGCGCCCGCUCCCCCGCCGCCCCACGGCCUCGUCGACGUGAACGCCCACGUCGGCCGCGACGCGCCCGCGCCUGCCCCCGCUCCCGGCCCUGACGGCAAGCCCGCCCCUCCCCCCAAGGACGCCAGGGCUUUCCGCGCUUAA